UAGCUAAGACAUUGGAGGCGGGGCAGUUAGCAUUGCUUCGUCUGUUUCCUUGCACUGAACCGGAUAGAUUGUGCAGUUUAGGCGAGCAAAUAAUGUACCAAAGGCCGUUUUCAACAUAGUGUAGCUAGCCACUGUACAAAUUUAGUUGCUAGCGUCCCUAGCUGGCUAACUAAAUACAGAGACAUCGCCAAGACCAAGUUACCAAAGACGAGAAUACUAUUUUGUUGUCCAUAGUUCACCCCCUCGCGCGCACACACACAUCAACACGGCAUUGAUGGUAAUGCAUGCUAGGAAACAACCGAGACUCAGCGAUGGGUGCAACGACCGAAGGGAUUCCCAACCCUAUCAGACUCACAAAUCCCAGCCAAAGAGUCAAUCUACCACCCUUCACGGUCACGAUAAAAUGCGAGAUGGGUUAUCAGAUCCUACACCGCCCUACAAAAUGCUCCGGCGCUCUGAUGAAAGUCCGGUCAAUAAAUACAGCGACGGGCACAGCAAAACAAAAACAUUUCACACACUCCGAGGCAAAGAUGGUGGUACCAGCUGCUCUCCGCAAGAGAAUUUGCACAACCACAGCUCCAACUCCCACUCAAAUCAAAGCAAGGCAUCAGACACACCUCAUGAGCCUGCAGACGACUGGUCCGAGCACAUCAGCUCCUCCGGCAAGAAGUACUACUACAACUGCAGGACUGAGGUCUCUCAAUGGGAGAAGCCCAAAGACUGGCUGGAGAGAGAGCAGAGGCAGAAAGACCCAUCUAAGAGGGAGUCCAACACUUUCCCCAAAGACCGGGACUACAGACGAGAGUCUGUCGACACAGAGUAUGAAAACUACAGAGAUAGAGCGUAUGGGAGGCGUAGUCUUGGGGACAAGUCCUCCAACUCUGCACCUUCUCAGUCCUCUUCCUCCACCAAUCCGGGCCUGAACCAAGCCUCUGGCUCUAACCCCACCCCUUCAUCUUCCUCCUCCUCCACGGUCCCGGUGUCCCCCUCUGUCCAAACCCAGGCCUCGGGCCUGCUCCAAGACCCCGCCCUCCUGCGGCAGCUCCUCCCAGCGCUGCAAGCCACCCUGCAGAUGAACAACGGCAGCAUGGACAUGGCCAAGAUCAAUGAGGUCCUCGCGGCUGCUGUCACCCAAGCGUCCUUGCAGUCAAUGCUUCAUAAACUCCUCACUGCUGGACCGUCUGCUUUCAACAUCACUUCUCUGCUUUCCCAAGCUGCUCAACAAUCCUCCAACCAAGCGGCCCAGCAGGCAAGUCAGUCACCCAUAUCUCUAAUGUCGGACACCUCCUCACCCCGCUCAUAUGUGUCACCCAGGAACGGCACGCCCCAGACCAACCUCCUUAACCAGAAACCUGCACUCAGCAUGCCUCCUGCCUCCUCCCAACCAAAGGUUACCCCAGUGAAACCAGGACCAGUUUCUCAACAGGCUUCAGCAGAGAAACAUCCAGAGGACCCCCGAACUCUCCGACAGCGGAGUCAGGGGAGUCCACCAUCAGGACCUAACGGCAACGCCACCGGCGGCCAUUCGGUUCUCAAUGUCGCCUCAGCCCAGUCCAGCACUCCCGGCUCCUUCACUCCCUCGCUGGCCUCUCACUUUGAUGAGAACCUCAUCAGGCACGUCCAGAACUGGCCCGCCGAGCACAUCGAGAAGCAGGCAGCACGGUUACGGGAAGAUGCCCACAACAUGGGCAGUCUCUACAUGUCUGAGAUCUGCACUGAACUCAAAAACCUCAGAUCAUUAGUCAGAGUGUGUGAGAUCCAGGCCACGCUGAGGGAACAGAGAAUACUGUUCCUUAGACAGCAGAGCAAAGAACUGGACAAGCUGAAGAAUCAGAACUCUUACAUGGUCUGAGAACCUGUGUGGGAGACGAAGGACGGUGAACUGCUUAACACUGCAGUCGAAGCCCUCAACGCGGUCCUCUGUGCCCUGGACUGAACACUUCUGUAACGUCAUGAACCAAAGGGCAAAUGAGGAAUACGGAAAAGAGUCUGGGCCUGUUGAAGACGUCAUGGGCCAAGCAAUGAAGCGUACCAUUGCCGAAGCCCCUGAAAGUGUAUAUUUUAUUAGGCGUCCAAGAUUACAAUUUUCUAUGAAACUGCAGGCUGAAAGAAUACGAAGCCUAGUUGAGCGUUUCAUGGACACCCAAACCGGUCGAUUCUGAGGAACAUACAGGUCAUAACUUUUUCUUACCUGAGAAACAGCUGCCGCCUUUUGGAAUCGUGGACUGUUUGUUGCACUGGAGAAACUGAGAAUCUCUCGCUUUUCCUCUGGAAUAGCCAGUUUUGGUUGGGAAUGUGUACUUUUCUCCACUGACUUGUGGCUGAACUGAAGUUUCUAGCGUGAACUCAGAUUGGCUUGAGAUGUAUGAAUCAACUGAUUCAUGAACACUUCUUGAGCAUAGACUUGAAGGAGUGCAAAGAAGAUUCUUGAAUGAGCCAACUUUGAUUCCUUCCAGACUCAUAUAGUAAGGAAUCAUGAAUUUAGCAGUCCCAGGAUCAUGGGUUCAUUAUUAGGAGUACUUUUUUAAUGUGAUCUGACAAAGAUGCAUAGCUGCUUGAUGGAAGUUGUCUGUCUGUCCAUGCUCUCUCCCCACUUUCCUGCUGGAUGGAAAUAGUCUGUAGACUUCUUAACUUCCCACCCCAACAUGACUAUGGCCCCCUCUAACGUUGGGCCAGGAGACUUCUCAGAACAUGCCUCACCAUGGAGUAACCUUCUGGUAACCUCCCAGUCCCUAUCACUAAACCCUCAACAGAAUCCUACAAUAAAGGGCAACGUUCUCGUCCUCCACACCCUCUGAAUACCCUCCGUAGACUUAACCCUGCAUCUAAACUCCCAUUUAAUCUGUACUUGAUUAUUUUCCCAGUUUCCCCUGAACUUUGAUGUUUUGUAAGCUUGUCUGUUUUGUCUAGCUUGAGUCUGCAGAAUAAUUCAUUCCUUAUAAUGUGCAGUUUCUUGCGAAAUUGUUAAAGGGUCUUUAGUUUCACGUGGUUAUGUAAACCUAAAUUAUUGCACAUUAUUCAUUGUGUCCUUGUGAACAGGAUGGGAUAAUUUUUUCAUGGGACUCACCUUUCUCUUGACUAUACUAGCUAAGCCAGUACAGCAGUAAUUAAAUGGACUCCGUAGUUAACUUUUGCAACAUUUUGUUUUACCGGAGUUAAACUUUUUUAGGCCUCACUAAAUAAAGUAACUAUUUUACAAUGAAACGUUCACACGACAAUGCUGUCUCACUCUUCCACGUCCACAAACUUAGCUUCGCCUUCCUUCUCCUAAGACCUCUCUGAUCAAUAAGUGGCAUGCUGAAAUUGGGAAGGCACUGGCCAAAGCGUUGGUUUGUAGAACUGGAGUGACGUACGCACUUUUCAGAUAGUGGGGGACCAGAGGUUUUUGUGAGGAUGGGGCGAAAAUAGCUUUGUAUAUUAUUUCUUUAAAAGUAUAUCAGAAUAAAAUAAAUUAUUCUACCACAAA